GAGGGCUUGAGGCCAUGCUUGAGGCACACAGGCUAGAUUUAAUUUGGGGGUCAUAUGGCCUGACAACACUCAGGACACCCUGUGGGGAGUGAAUCUGAGGUGAAGAAGCCUGAGACUGUUGCUCAUUUUACCAAGUUCAACUCAGGGGUCUAGGGAAAACUACUGUCAACUGAUUUCUCCCUGAACUCGAGGAGGGGAACAAUGUCUUAUACAUCCAAACUUCCUGCGUCCUGGAACGAUACACCUCCCCCUCGCAAAGUGGAAAUUGACCUGAGCUCACCUGGUUUAGCUGUGUUUGAGUUGGAGCGUCUCUUGUUUACUGGUAAAGCAAUCAUCAGCCAUGCAGAUGAAGUGUGGCCAAGGCUUUACAUUGGUGACCAGCACAGUGCAGAGAACCGGGCUGAUCUAUCCUUGCAUCGAGUCACUCACAUCCUGAAUGCAGCUCACAGUAAACGCAAUGGACAACCAGGUAUCUAUGGAGGAAUGAAGAUCACCUACAUGGGCAUUGAGGCCCAUGACUCCUGUAACUUUGACCUGAGCGUCAACUUCCAGGCAGCAGCAGACUUCAUCCACAGGGCUCUGAGCAGUGGAGGCAAAGUGUUGGUGCAUUGUCAUGUAGGAGUGAGUCGCUCUGCCACCCUUGUCCUGGCUUACCUGAUGCUAAAGCAGAACCUGACCCUGGUGGAGGCUAUUUGUGCUGUGAAAGAUAACCGGGGUGUAAUCCCCAAUCGAGGCUUCCUCCGACAGCUCAUCACACUUGACGGCCAGCUCUUUGGCCCACACUGAACCCUGGUAGCAUUAUUGAAGUUUUCAUGGGUCCAGAGGGGGGCAUCU